AUGAACUUUGCUUCGAGUAGCUAUGAACUCAUCGUGCAGAACUCUUUGGACCCAAAUGCGACUGUUUCCAGGCGUGGCUUGCUGCAUCGCUACCCAUCCUUCCUGACCACCAAAGUACAGCCCAAAUGCCAGCCCGCCACGUUACCAGUAAACAGCGAUUUCUUUACCAACAACACGGCGUUGACGUACACGUUGACAAGCGUUUGGGAGAAGGGAAAAGAAGAACAACGAGUCAUUUCGCCGGCCCUCACGUAUCACAGAAAUAUCCUGCAGGACUGCUCUGUUCAUUCCGUGGAAAUCGACUUUGAUUCGUUAGACAGAGCCGGAAAACAGAUCGGCUUUUGCGAAUGGGGCGCAGUUAUACGGUCGUACAUCUCGUGCAGGAUUGACACGCCCGCUGGAGAAGUCUUCUUCAAUAUGACACAAACCUACGACUACGUUCCUGAGACCGUCUCCUUUGAUAGCCUCGGCAAGUUUCUCGGUACUGGGUUCCUUAGCCGCAAUAAGACAACGCAAGCUAGCCUCUGGUGGGGCGAGUCCCUGAUGUCGACGUUCUGGGGAGAAGUGACACUGAUGCUCCAGGAUCAGCGCGGGGCUAUCAAAGACGAUGAUGACAAGAUAGAACUCAACAAGGGGACCGUUUCUUUCAUGAUCAACGACACGUACCCUCGUAUUGAUGACCCCGGCUUCUUCAGCCUCGAUUAUCGUUUCUACGGUAGCAGAAUCAAUGAAGUGGCCUGUUGCCCAAGUCUGCCGCUUCCCUUAACGGCAAAGGCCCUAGAUAAGAGCGACACUUACCCGAAUAUUUGGACAAAAGCAGACUCUCUAGCAAAAGCGGCUUAUUCCACAAUACUCGUUGAUCUCGGGCAGAAAGCAGGCCCCAAAUCCAACAUCCUCACUGACACCAAGUUGCUGACACGCUACACGGAAAACUUCUCAACGGCCCGCAUGGCGAAUCUGAGAUCAGGUCCCGCAAACGACAGUUACAGCGCCUUGAAGAAAACGACGGGGAGCCUGGGUAUUACGCCAUCUGUCAUCGCGACAACGUACAUCUGUCAGGUCCCGCGGCUCAAACCGGCGGGGAAUCUCAUCGUUGCUAUCAUUGUAGCUGAUCUUGUGCUACUCCAAGUUGUAUGGCAACUCUAUAAGCUUUCAGCGGAGUUCUGUCUUGGUAAGAAGAAUCAGGAGACGGCUCCGUGUGAGAGAUGCUCUGAUGUUGGGCAGGUACAUGAUGCUGUACCGCCGUCUAUGCCGAGCCAGGAGAGUGGGCUGGAGUAUUAUCCGUUGAUGAACACGCCGCGGCAGAGCGAUGGUUUGUUGACGGGGGGUAGAGUUUGA